CGUCACUCACGACUACACUGCUCCUUGCACUGCUCAGACUCUCACUAAGUAUUAGUCACUAAAGCAGUUCUCAUCUUAUACCUUGAUACGUAUCCCACCUUACGCCUCCAGCUCUCAUACCCUACAUAAUCCAUACCCCAUCUACUUACUAUUGUUACAAGCCAGAGCAACAAGAUGUCAUUGAAUUGGACGAUGCUCAGUCCCGAUCGGUCUCCGAUCCCUCUUCCAGAUGAACUCAUCAUUAGGACUAUCGACUCUGGUGCAGAACUCUCCCUCACCAUCCCUGAUGCACCUCCUUCUCGUUCAUCUACCUCUGGCGGGUCCGGCGGUGCGAAGAAGCUGAAGGAAGUUGGGAGGUUGUGGCUUACAGACCAACGGCUGAUCUUCAUAGCAGACCUACCUAAGGGCUCAGCCAAACCCUCCUUCGAAUCCAUAUCUAUUCCCUUGACGGCGUUGCUAUCGACCAAGUUCGAGCAACCGUUUCUUGGCGCAAACUAUCUCGGUUUAGAGAUCAGACCUGUACCUGAAGGUGGAUUGACUGAUGGUACGAAGGCUGAGAUUCGGUUGAAGGAUAAGGGAAUAUUCGAGUUUGCGAGCUCGUUGGAUAAAACGAGGGAACGUGCCAUUUAUAUGAAGAGGCAACAAGUCGAGGAGGAGGAUAGUCUGCGUAGCAACUUAUACCGCGCCUCCAUCGGGACCUGGUCCUUCGUCGUCGUCCUCUGGCCCGGUGUACGACGAUCUCCCUCCUGGUUACGACGCAUGAUCUCAUCAUGGAAGAUCAUUCGAACCCUGGGCAUGUAUUAGUAGCGGCGAUUUGAAUAGAACACUCAACCUUGUUGUACAGUCUACCGGACAAUUCUCAAUGGUAUUUUAUUCAUCGAGGCC